AAUCAGCUGUUUCCUCAAAGACCAGAAGAAAACUUUUCCUCCCCUCACACGCGCCAGUGUGACGGUGAACCGGUGGUGAACUGGACGCCACUGCGCGUUUCCUUUUGUUAGAUCGAGAUAGUCCAGCAACAGGUGGUGUCACGAUGUCCUUUGCGGAUCCGCAGUGGUGUCCCACCAGCGUCCAGGUAACGGUUCUCCAAGCCAGAGGCCUCAGGAGUAAGGGCAAAAGCGGCACCAACGAUGCGUACGCGGUCAUGCAAGUGGGCAAGGAGAAGUUCCAGACCUCGGUGGUGGAGAAGAGCGUGGCUCCGGUGUGGAAAGAGGAGGCGACUUUCGACCUGCCGCAGAGCGGAGGAGGAGGAAAGGGCACCCUGCAUGUCCAUGUUCUGCACCGGGCCUUGGUGGGUCCAGACAAACCGCUCGGACAUGCUGUCGUCGACCUUCUGUGUCUCAGUGAAGACAAAACCCGCAACAAGACAGAAUGGUUUAAGUUACUGGACAAGACUGGCAAGGCAGACAAAGACAGAGGAGAGGUGCUUCUGGACAUCCAGUUCAUGAGGAACAACAUGACUGCCAGCAUGUUCGAUCUCUCUGCUGCCGGCAAGUCCCGCUCCCGCUUGGGCAAGUUCAAGGACAAAGUGCGCGGCAAGAAAAAGGAGUCCGACGCUGUGUCUGGUGUGGUGCCGUCCUUCACUCAGGUCCUCACGGACAGUGAGGAGGAGGCAAACGACGAGGAAGCUGCGGGGAAGGACGAGAAGAAGAAGAAACAUAAAAUGAAGUCACUGUUUUCUUCCAAAUCCAACCUGCAGAGAAACAUGUCCCAGUCCAUGUCUGUUCUGCCUGCCAAAACCUCCUCGUUAAGCAGGAGCCAAUCGUCUGGUCUGAAUGUGGAUUCCUCUGAGGGUAAAAAGAAGUUUAAGUUCAAGAUACAUAAACGCUUGAGCAGCUCGGAUGGGAAAGAUUCCUCCUCUGGAGUCCAAAAACACGGCGGGACUGCGGAGCAGAGCAACCUAUGCAUUAAUGGCAGCCAUGUUUACUGUGACGGAUCAAACUUUAGUCUGUCCAGUUCAGGUCAUGGAUCCAUGGAGGAUGUCCCUGGAAGCUCCCCUCCAUCUGUUAAUUCACUUAAAGCAGUGACACAAUAUUCUCCUUGGACUGAAGAAGAGGAGGAGGAGGAAGAAACUGCUGAGGUAGAAAACAUAAUGGAGGAUGUGGAUGAGGAACAGAUUAGCAUGGAGAAGGAGAAGAAUAGGGAAGAAGAAAGGAUGAGGACGCAAGAAGAAGCACUAGAGAAGAUGGCUGAGGAGACAAGGAGACGAGAGGAAGAAGAAAUAAAGAGGAUUGAAGAGGAAAAGGUUAGAUGGGAGGAAGAGCGUGAGCGAUUAGCAGAGGAAAAGAGAAGACUUAAGGAACAAGAAAGAAAGAGAAUUGAGGAAGAAGAAGAAAGGCAAAGAGAGGAAAGGAUGAAGAAGGAAGGGGAAAGAAGGAGACUUGAGGAGGAGCAACAAUUGGCACAGGAGGCAAGAAGAAAAGAAGAAGAAAGACGAGCUGAGGAAGAGAAGGCUAGAAAGGAGGAAGAGGAAAGAGUUUUUAGGGAGGAAGAGAGGAGGAGACGAGAGGAAGAGGAGAAAGCUGUAAGAGAGGAAGAACGUGCACGAUUAGCAGAGGAAAAGAGGAGACUGGAGAAACAAGAAAGAAAGAGAAUUGAGGAAGAAGAAGAAAGGCAAAGAGAGGAAAGGAUGAAGAAGGAAGGGGAAAGAAGGAGACUUGAGGAGGAGCGACAAUUGGCACAGGAGGCGAGAAGAAAAGAAGAAGAAGAAGAAAGACGAGCUGAGGAAGAGAAGGUUAGAAAGGAGGAAGAGGAAAGAGUUUUUAGGGAGGAAGAGAGGAGGAGACGAGAGGAAGAGGAGAAAGCUAUAAGAGAGGAAGAACAAGAACGUGCACGAUUAGCAGAGGAAAAGGGGAGACUGGAGGAACAAGAAAGAAAGAGAAUUGAGGAAGAAGAAAGGAUUAGGAUGGAGGAAGAACAUCAGUUGGCAGAGGAAAGCAGGCGAAUGGAAGAAAUGAGAGCUGAGGAAGAUCAAGUUAGGAGGGAGGAAGAGAGAAGGAGAAAAGAGGAAGAAGAAAUGGUGAGAAGACAAGAAGAGGAAGCAUGUGAGAUGAAGAGGAAACUAGAGGAGGAAGAGAGGAGAUGGCAGGAAGAACAGGAAAAGAAUAGGAGAGAAGAGGAGAAAAGACUAGAGGAAGAGGAGAGGUCUCGGAAGGAAAGGGAAGAACAUGAGAGAUUGGUGAGAGAGGAGAAAGAAAGGCAGAGGAUUGAGGCUGAAGAGCAAAUUAAAAGGGAAGUAGAAGAAAGGACUAGGAUGGAGGAUGAGAGGAGGAGGGAAGAGCAGGAGAGGGUAAAGAGGGAUGAGGAGCAGGAAAGGAGGAGAAUUGAAGAGGAAAAAAGGCAAAGGGAGGAAGAAGAAAGGAGGAGACAAGAGGAAGAGGACAGGGUUAAGAAGGAAAAUGAAGAAUUUGAAAGAUUGGCAGAAGAAAAGAGGAGAGUGGAAGAACAAGAGAGAAGACGGAAAGACGAGGAGAGAAUUAGGAAGGAGGAGAGGAGAGAAGAGGAAGAAAUGGAAAGAUUGGCAGAAGAAAAGAGGAGACGAGAGGAACAAGAAGAGAAAAUUCAAAGGGAGGAAGAGCAGAGGUUUAGGAGGGCGGAGAAAGAAGAGGAAGAGGCCAGGAAGUUAAUAACGGAUGCAGAAGAACCAAAAAACCAAAGCGAAACAAAACAUGGACACAAGUCCACCAUGGAGAAAUCUGCAGUAGCAGCACAGAGCGCUGCUGACGUCACCUCCACUAACCCGUUUGAUGAAAACCUCCCAAAUAAUCCCUUUGAAGAUGUCCCACGUUCUCCUACUGCAGCUGACGGCAACACGGCCAUGUCAAGUGUCCAACAGGGGUGUCAAAUUGCAAAUGAGAAGAACCUGAUUAAUGCUCAGCGGGAGAAGCGUCCAGCUCCUCCGCCUCCAGGAAGGAAUAUAGUUGAGAGUCGGAGGGAGCAGGAUGUAGCUUUGCAGCAUCUGGCACAAAAUAACAAGCAGAGUAAUGACAAAGAUGUCAAGACUGCCAGUGUUCUCCCUCAGCGUUCGGUACAAUUGAUCGCUCCUCUGAGUCAGUCUCGCACAGACGCAAAGACCACUCAGAACUUAAUACAAAGUAGCCCCACCAAAGGAACUGAAAGUGCAGGUAAACACGGUAAGCGCCUUGCACCGUCUCGACCUCGUUCUGCAGAGGAAGAGUCAUCGUCUGAAUCCAAAAGAGUCUCGUCUUCUCGUGGCAACAUUUCCCAGGGAGGUGGCUCACAGACAAAACGAGUGCCUGUCGCCUGUGGCUUGAAUCCAUUUGAAGAUGAUGACGAUGAGGUCACACUUCGAGAUGAUACACCAACCCCUGGUGACACAAGAUCAACACAGCGGCCCCCACCUGUGUCCCGCGCUACUGAUGAAUCCAAAGUGAAAUCUUCAAAAGUGACCCAUGCUCCUCCCCCUCCGCCGACCAUUUCAAGCACUUUAAUUCAUCCCAACACUGACAGUUGCCAUGCUAUGGAUACUACAGUUGUGCCUGCACCCGAUAAAGGUGCAAACCAAGCAUGUGGCCCACAGCCAGAGGCCACACUCUCCGUUCAGAACACUUCACUGAAAGAGCCUUCUAGAUCACAGAGCACUGCAGAGGUAACGGGAGUGAAGAAGGAAGCCCCUCCUACAAGUUCACGCAGGCUUCUACCUGUAAGGCCACUUAAUCCUCUGGAACAAAAGUCUGUCUCCACCGCUCCAGGGGGUAAAAGUCACGAAUCCGUUGGAAUCUUUAGUGACGUUCAAGAGAAAACAAAGAUAACGGCAGAUUCGGGGCUUAAAGGGCCAUAUUCCCAGCUAACUCGAGAGGAACUUGUGUCCCUGCUGCAGAAACAGGAGAACCAGAUGUCUGAGAGAGACAAAAAGAUAUCAGAGCUGGAACAAUACAUUGACAAAUUGCUUGUACGUGUCAUAGAAGAACAACCAAGCAUCCUGAUGUCCAUGAACUCACUGAAGUAGGCUGUCUAUGCUGAUUCACAGCUCACACUUCUAUUUCUGCUCCACCCAGUUAGUGAAUAAUUGAAUAAUCACAGUUCCAAAAUUAGAACUUCACUGUAAAGCACUUGAGAUGUUUUGAAAGAUGUUGAUGAUUUUGAAAUGUUUCUAUGUGCUUGACUGACUUUGAAACUAAUGAAUUGUUUUUUAAUAAUUUUCAUGUUGAGCACAAAAUGAUGUGUAAAAAUAAUCACUGAUAUGUUGGCUUGCUGUUUUUGUGUAAAGAGCCUUACUUUGCUGUAAAAUAAUCUUACUGCUCUUGUACUACUAAAGGUUUACAUGAUGCUAACCUAAAAAGCACUUUUAAAAAGCCUAUAAAAUGGUGUAUUCUGAAUCGGUCUUCUGCACUGAGGUUACUGCUAUAUGGAAUUAAAUAUGCAAAAUUAAAUAAAA